AUGACCGAGUCACCACAAGGCGCUCAGUCGCGCAACAUAGGUCCAACACCAGACCAAUGGGCUGAAGUCAAGGAUAUUUUCACUCACUUGUAUAUCUCGGAAAACCGAAAGCUGAAAGAUGUCAGACAUAUCUUGUCGUCGAGACAUGGCUUCAAUGCAAGCGAGAAAAUGUUCAAAAGACGUAUUGCUGAUUGGAAGGUCCGAAAGAAUUACAAAGCCAAGGAUAAAGAGAAUAUCGCACGAAGAGUAAAAGCCUUUGUCGAUGCUGGCCAAGACGUCCACUCCCUCUCUUUCCAAGGCCGGCCUGUAAAGCUGGACCGUGUCAGGAGACAUUGUCGCACUGACAAGAGGUUCUCCGAACUCCUAGAACAUCUUUCCCACAGCCCGGAAGAUGUCACAAUCAGUGACCCAAACGUCAAACAAGAUUCUCCGCCCAAUGCUCUAGCCUCUGCCCGCCUCUGGCAAGCUUCGACAUGUACACCGGAAGCGCCUGAUGUCCAGAUGGAGGAGACACAAUCUCAUGGAACAAGAAUGUCCCGCACAAUAAGCCUGCCAACCGAUUUCCAUGCCGUGGAGAAGACCAUCUUUCAUACCCGAGAGGCCGUAUCUUGGCACUUUAUUGCCUUCAGACCGCUCAAGAUCAGGGAAUUGGAACGUCGCUUUCCUCAGACAAUCUCCCCCGAGGUCAGAGCUCGGCGGAUCGACCAAGCAUCCGAAUUCUGGUUAAAGUUAUACCACGGCUAUGAACACAUGGAACAAGGCAGGUCUCUCGAAGCCUGGACCGCAUUUGACAGAUGUUGCCAGAUGAUACAGCCGCUGAUCAUGUCGGCACCACUCCACUUGGUCUCUUGCCUACUGUUACACUUUGCAACUACAUGGCAGGGAUUGAAUGAUCUACAGCAUUCUCUGCUCGACUUUGUGUCGUCAAUGGCCAGACAGGUUCUUGGCCAAGACCACCCUCUGGCGAUUGCGCUGAGUAUGGUCGCUACAGCAGAUAUUCGUGACCAUGUGGUUGAGCCAAUGAUGGGAUUAAUCAUAGAAGGUUAUGAGGCUCGUCGAAAGUUUGACAACCCAUCCUUGUUCGCGCUCCAGGUGGAUCGCAUCGACAUGUUACGAAAACGCAAGAAUUUUGUGAAAGCUCGAACGUUAUGCCAGAAGCUCGUUGUUGACAGCCAAACUAUGCGCAAGCAGAAGCGACACAGGACAGCACUCGCCGCACUUGGCCGAAUCUACUCUGAUCAAGGCAAAGAGCUCGCCGUAGAGGCUAUUGCUCAUCGGAUAUUGGACAACGAGAGGGCCGACCCGCUCGGCUCCAACAGCGGAGGCACCUCGUCAUGGGCCUGUGACCAGCUUGCAACUCUGUACAUGCACCGUGGUGAAAAUACUGCCGCCGAGUCCUAUCUCCGUCGAGCUGUCUACCUAACCCAUCAUCGAUACCCCAACCGAGGCCCUUCCGCCAUGGCUUUUCUCCAACGAUUGGGCUUCUGCCUGCAAAUUCAAGGCAAGCAACAAAGCGUAGAGCAGAUUUGUGAAGACAUGGGUCUUCGUAUCCAGGAUUUCAAGACCUGA